AUGUCGAAAAGGACUAGUAAGGGUAGUAGGAAACAGCAAUUCAAUUCACUAGCUGAUUUAUUGUGUCGUUAUAAAUCUGUUCAAAAACGACAGUUGGUAGACCUGGAAGAUGAAUUCCUGCACGCGGCGGAGUUUGGUGAUGUGCCGACUGUCAAACAGCUUGUGGACCGAAACGCCGACCUGAACGUCGACUGCAUCGACGCGCUCGGAAGGACAGCUUUACGACUUGCCGUGAAAAAUGAACACUUAGAGGUGGUAGAAAUCCUAUUGGACCGGUCCAGCGAGCUCCACAUCCAAGAAUCAGUACUGCAGGCCAUCAGUGCUAGUCACGUUCAGAUUGCCGAGACCAUUCUGAAGCAUCGUCGUUACCUGGAUCUCUGGAAUGACAAGCGGAAGCUGGGUGGAGUGGAUCAAUUUUUCAGCAACACAACACUUGAGGAGUCCCAGUUCUCGCCCGAUAUAACACCGCUUAUCCUCGCCUCUCAAAAGAACCAGUACGAAAUUGUCCAACUGCUUCUUCUACGAGGGGAGAUAAUUCAAAAACCACACAAAUUCAACUGUACAUGUCAAGAUUGCGUAAAUAAAAUGCAGUUUGACAAACUUCGGUUGGCUAAAUAUAGACUGAAUGCUUACCGUGGUCUCGCCAGCGAGGCCUACAUAUCUUUGUCUAGCAAGGAUCCCAUAUUAACAGCAUUCGAGCUAGCCAACGAGCUUCAAAACCUUUCUGCAAUCGAGAAGUACUUCAAGAAUGAAUACCUUGAUUUAGUGAACGACUUGAGCGAGUACGUGGUCAAGCUGUUGGACCGAGUACGGACCCAGGAAGAACUAGAAGUAGUACUCAAUAAAACGGGACGACCGAAGGACAAUAAGUACGAGAGUCUAGCACGUUUUAACCUCGCCAUACAGUACAGCCAAAAGAAGUUCGUGGCACAUCCUAGUUGUCAGCAGCGUCUUGUGACAACAUGGUACACAGGUCUGGAAAAUAUGCAGCGGUCAAGAUGGCCAAGACGAAUUUUGAUGGUGUUAUUGUUCCUGUUGUCGUAUCCAUUCUUAGUCUUAACACACCUUGUAACACCUGGCAAAGACUGUGUUAAGUACCUUCGCUAUCCGUGUGUAAAAUUCGUCUGCCAGACGACGUCUUUCCUUACUUUCCUCGUCCUUAUUAUUGUGUCCACGGCGGAAUCUUCUAGAACCGUAUCUAACAAAAUUACUCUUGGCUCCGAGUUUCCGGACAUCCACAGCACCUACCUGGAGAUCAAAGCGUUUUCCAAUUCAACCAUGUACGGCAUGGAUUUUCCGCUUAGACCUCUAGCUCCUACCCUGACACAGAUACUUAUAUCGUUCUGGGUAAUAGGAUUUGCGUGUCAGGAAUGUGCCCAGCUGUUUACUGACGGAAUAUGGGAGUAUAUGAAGUCUUGGUAUAAUUUGAUGGAUAUCACUUUACUAUGUGUCUACUUCGCGGCCUUCACACUGCGUUAUGCCGUUAUGUUCAAGAUGUACGGAUCAAUAGAUUUCUUGCGCCAUACUCAUCCCGCACCAUGGUCACAGGAAGAAGUGGAUGUAGUUAACUACCGCCUCUAUUGGUUAAACGAAGAUCGGUUUUACUGGAUGGCAUGGGAUCCAAUCAACAUGUCUGAGGGUUUGUUCGCCAUGGCAAAUAUUCUAAGUUUCUCUAGGAUUUCCUACCUCCUACCCGCAAAUGAAGUGCUAGGUCCUCUCCAGAUAUCGCUUGGUAAAAUGAUUACGGAUAUCCUCAAAUUCUUGGCCUUGUUUAUGUUGGUUCUUGGUGCGUUCAUGGUGGGUCUGUUCAACCUGUUUUGGUACUACAGCGUUCACGAAGGGAUCGAAGUGACCGACCACCAGUUCACCUUCUCCGCCGAGAAACACUUUGGAGAUGUGAUGGCUACCUUCCGAACGGUGUUCUGGUCAGUGUUUGGCCGAGGAGACACGGACGUGGUAACAUUAGGAGCAUACGACAAUCAUUUGACAGAGGACAUCGGCUACAUCAUCUACGGCAUGUACAACAUUGCCAUGGUCAUUGUUCUGCUCAACAUGCUCAUCGCUAUGAUGUCAAGGUCUUUUGAGAACAUAACACAAGACUCUGACUCGGAGUGGAAAUUUGCGAGAUCUACAUUGUAUAUGGACUACAUAGGGUCUGGUCCCGCUUUGCCAGUUCCUCUUAACAUCCUUGCCGUUCCACGUGAUCUUAUAGAAUACAUCAUCGAAUCAUGUUGCCGAAAAUCUUCAGAUGACGACGAGGAUGAUUCUGACGAUGAAGACGACGAAAAAAACAGAAAUCCAGACCAAAACGGGGGAAUGGGUAACGGCAGUCCUAUUGAAGCCACAGCCAUUGACAUGAACGAGACCAAUCUUAGACCAGAGGACAUGGACAGACGGAAAAGUAUGGGCAGCACAACGGGACAAGAUGGAGAGAAGAAGAAAAAAGACUAUCAGAAAGUCAUGCAGACAAUAAUACAGAGAUACAUAUUUGAAAAGCAAAGGGAGGCGGAAGUAACGGAGGAUGACUUCGAAGAAAUAAAGCAGGACAUUUCCAGUUUCCGGUAUGAAAUAUUAAACAACCUUGAACUUCGAGAUACGGCACACGACGAUAUGGCACAUCAAAUAACCAAAAUUGCAGACCAAGUAAAGAUGAUAGCGAAAGAACUGCGAAGGUCUCGGACAACGGAUGACGUCAUCAGUGAAAGCGAGGCUGAACAUGAACCAGAGACUGAAAAGAAGACAUUUACGGCAUUGGCAAACAGUGUCCGCACCACUCUUUAA